AUGACCCAGUCUGUAGGGACUGCUGCCUCUCCUGGGAGCCUGGGGCUUCUCUUUCCUCCAGAUAUACAGACUAAGACCGCAGAAGAGGACAAUGUCUUGCUGAUGCAUACCUUGUUGGCAGCAACCAAGGACUUCCUAACAGUUACCAACAAGCCUAAGAAAAACAAGACCAAGAAGGCCCCCAUAAAGGCUAUUAGUAAGGCCGUGCCUGUUGCCCCUUCAGUCCCAAAUGCCAAUGAGAUUGCCACCACCAAGCCCAAAAUAACUUUGCAAGCUUUGAACCUGUCAAUCAUUACCCAGGUAAACCAGACUUCAGCUACCACUGAGGCAGCAAAUACUCAGGCUUCUUCAGUCACCACUCAGACUAAGAUGAAAAGAGUUACUGCCAAGGCAGCCCAAGGCUUCCAAUCUGCAACUGGCAGUGAGGAUGUCUCUACACAGCUCAAAUCACCCUUGCAGGUCCUAAACCUACCAGUCAUCUUGCAGACUAUUCAGACUAUUCAGGCUCCAUCUGCCAGUGAAUCAGCCAAUUCCCAUGCCUUGAUAACCUCCACCAAGCCUUAGACAGCUGCAAAUAAGGCCAUAUUUAAUGUCACUGAGAUGUCACUGACUCCAACUACCACCCAUACAGCUACCAUCCAAGUCCAAAUUAUCAAUGAGACAACCAAUGACACAACCAAUAUCCAGGCCACAACAGUCUCCAUCCAAACCAAGAAAGCCUUCAAUGCCAAGAAGACAACCGCUAAGGCCAUAAAUAUUGACACUGAGCAUUUAGAGGUUCCAGAUGUCACCGAGGCAGCUACUAGGCAGAUUGAGGCCUCAGUAGCAGCUGUCUGGCCCCCAAAAUCCAAGGGCGAGAAGACUGCCAAUAAAAGCCCAAAUUCUGCCUCUGAGAUCUCUGAGGCCCUACUUGCCACUCAGAUGGUCACAAACCAGCUAGCAGUCACUCUUCCUGUCAAAAGAGAGUCUAGGGCUUGGAAGGCCGUCACUAAGGCUUGGGCAACUGAAAGUCAGAUUCAAAUUGCUGACCAAGGGGUCCAGGCCAAGAUGGCCACCAUUCAGACCAGCAUAAGUGCCCUUGAGACUCAGGCUGCUGAUGCUGUUCAGGCUCUGGCAGAUGACUAUCUGGCUCAGUUGAGUCUGGAGCCCACAACCAGGAUCCAGGGCAAGAGGAACCGCAAGUCCAAGCAUCUGAGUGGGGAUGAGAGAUGUGGCAGUAAUUACAAGUGGAACCCAUGGAGCCGGAGGUCUUCACCUCCCCAAGAUGUGGCCAUUUUGCAAGAAAGUGCAAAUAAGCUGGUGAAAUAUCUGUUGGUUAAGGCAAAGAUCCCCAUCAAGCGCUCAGACAUGCUGAAGGAUGUCAUCCAAGAAUCUGAUAAAUAUUUCCCAGAGAUCAUUGAACAAGCAAGCUACGCCCUGGAGAAGAUGUUUCAAGUCAAUCUGAAGGAAAUUGAUAGUAACCUGUAUAUUCUAAUCAGCACUCAGGAAUCCUCUGCAGGCAUACUGGGAACAUAAACAAAGGACACACCCAAGCUGGGUCUUCUCAUGGUGAUUCUGAGUGUCAUUUUUAUGAAUGGCAAUAAGGCAGUGAGGGUGACUGUCAUCUGGAAGGUGCUGCGAAAGUUCGGGCUGCACCCUGGGGUGAGGCAUUCACUCUUUGGGGAAGUGAGGAAGCUCAUCACAGACAAGUUUGUGAAGCAGAAGUACCUGGCAUACAAGGGAGUCCCCAACAGCAGACCAUCUGAAUAUGAAUUCUUCUGGGGCCUGCAUUCCUACCAUGAGACUAGCAAGAUGAAAGUCCUCAAGUUUGCAUGCAAGGUGCAGAAGAAAGACCUCAAGGACUGGGUUGCUCAGUUCUGGGAGGCAGUGGAGAUGGAAGUCCAAGCUGCUGCCAUGGCUGUGGCCGAGGCUGAGGCCAGAGCUGAGGCAAGAGUCCAAAUGGGAAUUGGAGAAGAAGCUGUGGCUGGGCCCUGGAAUUGGGAUGACAUGGAUAUCUACUGCCUAAAAAGGGAAGAGUUACACAGUGAUGCUCAGGCCUGGAGGAGAUUUUCAUUUGAAAUUGAGGCCAGAGUCCAAGAAAAUGCAGAUGCCAGCACCGACAUCGACUUCAGCAGAGGAGCUAGUGCCAGGGCAGGCUUCAACAACGGUGCUAGUAUUAGUUUCAGUGGUUCACUCAGCCCCGGUUCUGGUUUUGGUGGUGGAGCUGGCAUUGCCUUUGGUGGUGCACCCAGCACCAGUACCAGCUUCAGUGGUGCAGCCAGCAUUAGCUUUGGUGGCAUACCCAGCAUCAGCACUAGUUUCAGUGUUGGAGCCAGCAUUAGCUUUGGUGGUGCACUCAGCACCAGCUCUAGUUUUAGCAGUGAAGCAUGCUCUGGCUUUGGAGGCACAAUCAGCACCACUGCUGGCUUUAGUAGUGCACUCAGCACCAGCACUAGCUUCAGCAGUGCACCCACCACAAGCACGAUCUUCAGUGGUGCACUUAGCACCAGCAUUGGCUUUGGAGGCACACUAAGCACCAGCAUCUGUUUUGGUGGCUCUCCUAGCACCAUUGCCAGCUUUGGCGGUGCACUAAGCACCAGCAUCUGCUUUAGUGACUGUCCCAGCACCAUUGCUGGCUUUAGCAGGGGACUCAACACCAGCACUAAUUUUAGCAGUGCCAUCAGCACCUGCAUCGACUUUGGGAGUGCACUAAGCACCAGUGUCUGCCUUGAUGGCUGUCCCAGCACCAGUGCUGGCUCUGGCAAUGCAAUCAGCACCAGUGCCAGUUUGGGUGGUACUGUCAACACUGUUCUGGCUUCAGUGUACAUUAAGAACCAGGCUGGGUUCAAUGAGGCACUUAGUACCACUACUGACUUUGGCAGCACUCACAGCAAUAGCAUUGGUUUUGGUGGAGCUCCCAGCACCAGCCUCUGCUUUGGCAGUACGUCUAACAACAACCUGUGCUUUGGUGGCCCUCCUAGCACCAGUGCCUGCUUUAGUAGUGCUACCAGUGCCAGUUUUGGUGAUGGACUCAGCACCGGUGCCAGUUUCAGCUUUGGUAAUGGGUUAAGCACCAGCUCUGGCUUUGGUAGUAGACUAGGCACUAGUACUGGCUUCCAUUGUGGACUAGGUACCAACACUGGCUUCGGUGGUGGACUGGGCACCAGUGCAGGUUUUGGCAGCAUGCUUGGCACCAGUGCUGGCUUCAGUGGUGGAUUCAGCAUCAGUGAUGGCUUUGGAGGUAGGCCUAAUGACAGCUUUGACAGAGGACUUAGUACAAUAAUUGGCUUUGGCAGUGGUUCCAACACCAGCACUGGCUUUACUGGUGAAUCCAGCCCCAGCACUGGCUUCAACAGUGGACCCAGUUCUAUUGUUGGCUUCAGUGGUAGACCAAGCACUGGUGCGACUUCUGCAGUGGACCAAGCACUGGUGGCUUCAGUUGGACCAAGCACCAGUGACUUUGAUGGUAGACCAAGCACCAGUGGCUUCAGCAGUAGACUGAGCAUUGGUGCUGGCUUUGGCGGUGGACCAAGCACCAGUGCUGACUUUGGUGGUAAACCAAGCACCAGUGUGGGCUUCAGCAGUGGGACCACCAGCCUUGGUGCCUGUGGCUUCUCCUUUGGCUAA